AUGGCGGAACCAAACGAUGUAAAAGCCAUCGAAAGUAUUUCAGCUGCAGUCGGAGAAUCGCAAAUUAAAAUUCUUCUCUCGAAUCAAUGCAUGAAGGCUCAAGCAUUUCUUGUGAAUAGGCUGACAAAGCAGUUUACCCGUCAGAAAGAAAUAUCACAAUUUAUUAGCAACGACAACCUGAAGCUGGAAGCUGAAAUAAAAAAUGCAGAACAAGAGAUAAAAAGCUUGAUGCUGGCUCAUGCAAGUAUUAAAACGGCAAAUGUAGAACUUAAAAAAGAGUGGCAUUUGGCCAAAGAAAGAACUCAGGAAACUGCGGAGCGCAUACAGGUUGGAGAAAAAAAAUACGACGAGCUUUGGGAACAAUGCAAAAGCAGAUACGAAAGUAUCAGCUUUGUGCAAAACUGGCAGCAAGCUUCUAAAAAGAAAGAAGCUUUAGAAGAAAAUAUUAAUGUCCUUGAAAAAGAAACUAAAGUACUUCUUGAUGAAAUUAGAAACAAAGAAAAUAUAAUAUCGGAAUUAACCAAGAAGCGAAUCAUAGAAUUAGCUGAAUACUUUGUACACGAAAAACCGAAAGUAGAACAGGAUAUAUUAAAUUUAUCAAAAGAAAUUAAAGAACUAAAUGCUCAAGUUGAGCAGCUGAUGAAGAGCCAAGAAACUCAAAAUGUCCAAAACAAAGAUAAAGCGGAAAAUGCCGAGGCUAAUCUUCGAGCACAAUCUCAGAAACUGAGCGACGUGAAAAUAGAUGAUGGUUGGCUAAAUUUGAAUAAGAAUGUAUUCAGCAGUGUGACUUUGAUGCCGAAGCUGCAACUUAUGAAUAUCGACUUGGACGUAAUGAGUGUUAAACUAGACCAGAUUAAAAAGAGCGAUUUCAUUACACCAAGUCCAGUAAAAGAAGUUGCAAUGAGUCAUCAAACAUUAGAAAUUGGAUCAAAAUCUCCUGAAAAAGCAUCGCGUGUUUCUUUAUAUUUUCAAAAUUCAUCAACCGGCGAUUCUGUUGAUAGAAAUAACAGUCACAAUUACUCCAAACGUAAAUUGAUAAACAUACUGGAAGAUAUAAAACUUGACAAAAGUGAUACUUAUAAUAUUGUAUCAAAGGUUAAUGUAAACAAUUUGCAAGGGGUUUCGGAAAUAACCGCUCAUCCAAAUAAGAAUAAAGAUAUUCAUACUGAAUCUCCGAAACGAAAGGUCCAAAGUCAACCCCAAGAAGCCGAAAUAGAAGAAAUCGAUCUGACUUCUUCAAACGUAGAACACAUUAUAUUGCCACCAACCGGGUUUAUAGAUCAACUUAGGAGUUCUCAAGAGAAGAAGAAAACGGUAUCCUUUGAUUUACCAUCUCAGCAAAAGUUAUCAUUGGAUUCCAAAAAGUGUAGCCAAAACCAAAAAGAAGUAAUCGACAUCGAAAACGAGGCAAACACAAUAAACAAUAGUCCUAUGAACGAAACCGCGGGCAGCGAAGAAAGCUUCACCAAAAUAAAAGACAUGAUUUUGAAGAAACACAACUUGGAUUUGUCCCCAACGUUUGUUUAUAGCAAGAACACAAUUACGCCUCAGAAACACGAGGAGGUUGUCAAAUCCAACUAUUUCAAACUGAGUUGUGAAGAAAUGCCUUCUAUUUCGGAAGUACAGUCCGGCACAGGGGGACCUCCAGCCGACGCAGAAAUGGAAUGCGAUGAGCCGGUGCAGGCUGAUGCAACAGAAAACGAAGUCGAGGCUAAUGAUGUAGAGAUGGAAGUUAGUGAAAACGUCAUCUCUAGUGCGAAGGCAAAUCGUGAGCAUAUCGCAAGGCCGGUAACUGGACUUCUAUUUAAUCAUGGCUCGGGCAUUCCUGACUCUCUCGAUGUUUCGAUCAGCACAACCGGCUUCGAAGAUGGCGAUACAGACUACCCUCAAUAUUCAAGUCUUCUUCUGUCUCCUAAGGCUGACUUACCAAUGCCUUCAACCAAUGAUAAAACUGAUGUGGUUAGUCAGGAUGUACCAAACUUUCUCUCUGGGUUGCGGAAAACCGGACUUUCCUUUUUCGGGAGUAUGGCUGGAACAAGUUCUAACACAGAAAAUAGCAGUGCGCCGUCUGGCAACAGUUUUAAUUUUGCAUUUGGGGGUGAUGAUAAGAAAAAGAGAGGUGGACUAUUUAAUAUGUUUAAUUAA